GAAUCGCUCUCGAGCUGUGGCUGAAGGUCCUUCCUAGUCUCAACCCGUCUCGCACAACUGCCAGCGUGUAAGCUCUCCUUUUGAGCUUUCUCUUCUAGCCUUGCUUUUCUCGCUUUCCUCGCUGUCUCGCUAUGGAUUCUGUUGCUACUGAGAGUGCUCGCCGACGCCCACUCGAUAUACCCUCCAAGCCGGAAGAAGGACUUGCAGAAUGGACAAGCAGGAUCAAGGCACUGCAGCGCCAGGUCGACGAGGAUGAGGAGGCAGAGCACAGGCGGCUCGAGGAGGAGAUACAGGCCUCCAGGCUCGCUCGCCUCCGGCGGAGUGCUGGCCAUAGCAGCGCAAGUAGCGUCGAGUUGUCCAACAGUGAAUAUGGCAAUGCGAUCAAGUCGGGAGCGUUCAGCUCGUCUGACGUCCGAAUAUCACUGAGCGAUAAACAGCACCAUGAGGAUGCCCUGCACAAGCUGACAGGGGAGUCUCGCUCGCCCACGACGCGGUCGCAGCCAAGGACAGGUACACCUGCCUCUCCCAUGUCGCUAGCUGCGUUCAUCGGUGGGAAGGCCACGGGCCCAAAGUUGACCAAGCCCGCCCCCCAGCAAGACGUCCGCGAUCCCACUCAGUUCGACCAGCGCACCCACAUCACUGCCCCCCAUCCCGUCUUUGGCAAAGGUGGCGUCGCGAUGCCCGGUAUGGUGCGCGGAGGGUAUACAUCAUCCUUUGGAAAGGACGAACAGGCGGAUAAACCUAUCAACGUUGCGGCUCAGGUCAACGGACGAGAUGGGAGGAUGAGCACGCCGUCGGCUGUCAAGGCGUUUGUCCAUAAAGUUGAGCAGGAAUCGCUUGCAUCCCAGCAGACGGGGACUCCUCAGCCAUGGCGGCAGCGUACUACCAGUACGCCCACAGGCGGUGUGCCAGUCCAUGCUUCAGGUCGUGACCAGAGUGAUACUUCAAACUCAAGCAAUGGCGUCCCAUCCCGUACCAAGUCAUUCUCUGCAAAGUCUCAUUCGCCCACUCGUCAGGGCCGAGAUAUUCCUGCCAGAGGGGCCGUUACACCUCCUCCAUUAUCAAAGUCGCCUUCUUCAGCGACGCUACAAACUCCUCUCUCUGUACAACUGACCUCUUCGAACCCUGUCAAAUCGACGAUUACGACCCCAUGCCUUGCACGGUCCAUCCAACCGACUCCUCGCGUAUCACUCGGUCCACAGGUCGCUCUCUCGCAGAGCACGUCCUUCCAGCGAACUCCGCCUCCGAAAGACCCUACGCCGAGCAUCAGCCGGCUGCAAGGCCGUGGGUUCGUGCGGAGCAUGGUGCAGGCAAGUAGUCACCUUUCAUCGGGCUCCUCCACAACGCCACCUCUGCCCGAAAAGAAAGAUCCAGUCGUGAAGAAGCAGCCGCCGGUUUUGGAUCGAUGGCAGAGCACUGCUGCCGCAAGUGCUCCUAUUUCUUCAUCCCCUCCCAUCGCCUCGCCGAAGCCUGCAGGCUUGCGUAGGGCACGUACACUCGAUGCUCACGGUUCCGCCACUGAGCAUCCGCCACCGAAGCCGGUCAAGCCAGACAAAACCGGCCGUUCGCCGAAGCCUUCCUCCUCUCCUUCCCUCGAUGACACCAAGGAGCCCUGGCGCUCUGCAGGACUCGGCUCGGCGUCCACCAUGAUCUCAUACAUCAAGCCGAUCAAGACGGGCGACAAGCAACUUGUGCGUUCCGCGUCUCCGCGUGGGCGCGGAGAUUCAUCUGGGGCGGACGAACUGGGCAUCCGGACGCGGUCGAGGAGCAGGGAGGAAGGGGGAAGAGGAGGGAAACCGCUCAGCCAUCUUACGAAAGAUCGCGCUAAGAAGCCGCGCAAGGCGCAUCGCGCGGGUGUGGGUGCGGGCGCGGGUGUGGGUGCGAGUGUUGCGGUGCGUCCUGCUGCUGCUGAAGAUGAAGGCUCGCUUUAUGUGCAGCACGCAGAGGCGGCGGCGCUGCCUGGGCUUGUUUCGACUGCUCGUGUGCCGGAACUCCUCGUCGCGUUCCCGACUGCAAAUGAGGCCGAUCUAUCCGACAGGCCUUCUCCAGUUCGAGAAGUUGAAUCACCAUCUUCGAUCAAAGACAAGUUUGAAGACGAUUUCGUCCCCGAUGUGCAUGAUAUCGCUCCAGAGAAGCCUCCAAGGCUUACAGAUGGGCCUACAAUUACCCCACGCGCUCUCAGCAAGAUUGAUACGAAUGGUGACUUCAAAGCUCCUUCUCCGUCUUCGCCUCCUUCGAAGGAAAGACCGCCACUUUCCCCCGUGCGCCAUAGUCGUAUCCCGAGUACCGGGAACAGAGCGACCGUCAUGGACGUUGCACAAGCAUUCCAGGAGCGUGUCGUAACGAAUCCAGAGCCAGCACCAGCACCCACGCAAAGACCGGGCUCGGAGCACGCUGCAACGCCCGAUGAAGAAAAUCCUCGUUCAGAUGUCGACUCUGCCGUCGCAAAGUGGAGUCAUUCGCAUGGGAGCGUUAGAUCGGACGCUGACAGCGACAAACGCAAGUCGAGCUAUGAGCGCUAUUCCGCCUUUGUUUUACCUCCCCUCCAAGAAGAGAACACGCCAGUGCCAACGCCUGUGGGCACGCUAUCGCGGAGUGCUGUAUCUCCUUCGGCGGAAGAGCAUCUCACGGCAGAAGUCGAGGAUGAGCAGAGGCACGUUGCAGAAUUAGUUCAAGGAGAGUCUGCGCACCUGGUACCUACGAAGUUCAACAGAGUUGUCCGUACAGAACACGUCGAGGAGCCGUUGCCCGAAGUGGACAUCGCCGCGCUGUUGGAAGCUCCGCGUUCUGCUUCCCACUGGAACGCGGACGUGCAGACGAUCUCGAUCGACGUGAUGUCCAUUAUAGGGAACACGGCGUCUACGAUUAUGCGCGAUGCGCACGUCUUCUAUGAGACGGAGGUGCUUGCGGUGAUACAUCGCGCGAAAGUGAAGUCAACGGGCCUUGUGUCGACGACUGUGUGGGCAUGGCACGGUAAGCGCGCGAGGGUCGGAGAGCGGGAGGAGCGUAAGUUGCAAGAAUUGGCUAGGAGAUACGGAACCAGCUUGGUAACGGUGCAGCAGUAUUGCGAACCGAUCGAAUUCGUGAUUAUCCUGGGUGGUCAGCUUGUGACGCGGCAGGGUACACGGGCGCAUUGGUCCUCUGAGAACACCACGAUGCAUCUGAUCCGCAACGUAAACGAUGUCACAUUCAUUGAUGAGCUCGAAUUGGAUAUCAAGAAUCUCUGUUCCGGAUUCAGUUAUUGCUUAUCGCUAUUGGAGACGUUCUACGUCUGGCACGGCUGUGGUUCGCUGGAGAAGGAGCGUCACGCCGCCCGAGAAUACGCAAAAUCCUUGGCGGGGUCAGCCUCGAGUGUGAUCGAACUCAUCGAGGCGGAGACAGACAACGACGAGAUGUUCUGGAUGAUCCUCGGCGACGGCGAAUAUGCAAAGGCUGACUAUUGGAAGUGGAGAUCAUCGGCACGAGAGAUCGAUCCUCGUGUGUGGUCGGUGGACGUGCUGAAGGGUACCGAAACGUUAUCUCCUGUGGCCCAUCUUGCGGAUCAUUCCGCGGUGCACGAGCUCGUCCAUGUCAUCGACUGCAUAUGGGAGUUCUUUGUCCUUGUUGGAAGUGAGGCUCGCGGAAAGCGGAAGGAUAUCAAGCUGGCGUUGACCGUUGCUGCAAAAAUGUCGGACAUGACGGCACUGUCGAGGCCUUUCACACCUACCGUGCACGUCUUGAUCCUCCCGUCAAAGAUACCCGCAGACCUCCGCUUGAGCUUCCGCGACCUUGACGAAGUGGACCUGAAUCGCGGAGAUGUACCUGAUCAUAUGAAUAUUAUACCCGCCAAGGAGGCUGACGAACAUUUGAGAAGAACCACUUGGGAUAGGACUCUCAUCCGGGACCCUACGAUGCUUCCGCUGGGCGUGACUUCCUCGGACCUGAGCUGAUGUGCCCGCUAUGUAUUGCUUCAUCUAAUUCUAUUUGACUGGCUUGGCAUGAGA